UUUUGCGAGAAGCAGUACUCUCGCGCCGCGGACACGCGUCGCACGCUCUCCACUGUCGGUUCUUCGGUGCAAAGGCCCGAGGGUUGGUACGGGAACGCCGUACCUUGCCUGGCCGGCCUUCUCCUUCGUUCUCGCACCCUGCGAAAGGAUGCGAGUCGCCUGUCGACCGGGAAAGAAGGAUCCUUAGAUCUCGUGCGCGACGUGUCUUACCCGUCCCCGCUUCUCCGAUGCAUUUUUCUCUCAUCUUCGUUCCGUGAUUACAUCCGGAUAUACACGUACAAAAGUUAUGCGGGUUGUUUGAUAGAACGUGAUCGACUCGAGGGAAAGGAAGUUGCAAUCAGGGUGCAUUCAAGACUGCUAGCAAAUCAGGAGGCCGUGGAUGCAGCCAAGAACUGGCAGUGGCGGGGCCCAUCCGGGUGGGACAGGUGACGAUGAGGCCCCGAAAGAUCCGGGCGCGCGGAUUACUCAUCAAUCUUACACGGAGAAGGAUUAUGAAGGUCACAGGGCGCACACGGUAUACGUGGGUGUGCAUUUGCCAGGGGAAAGGAGGCACCGCCGGCACCAUAAACACCAUCAUUCACAACGGCAGUCGUACCCCUGUGGUAAGGAGGACAUCGACAGCGAUAGACCGAGACAAUUGUUGAUGGCGCGCAGGGGUCGUCUCGCUAGCAUCUGCGACCCCGCCGGCGAGAUGAUAUUCACUCCACCAGCCCAGAGAGUACAGUUUAUCCUCGGCGAGGAAGUCGGUGACGAUGCACACGAAUCGCAUCCGCUCUUCUCGGAGAUGGAAGAGCUCGUCAAGGAUGGCGACGAAAUGGAAUGGAAGGAAACAGCGAGAUGGAUCAAGUUUGAAGAAGAUGUCGAAGAAGGUGGCAAUAGAUGGAGCAAACCUCACGUUGCCACUUUAUCACUGCACUCUCUCUUUGAAUUAAGAAGCCUCCUUUUAAACGGAACCAUCAUGCUCGAUAUGGAGGCAGCCAGUUUAGAACAGAUAGCUGAUCUUGUUCUCGAUAAUAUGAUCAAUAAAGGAGUACUCUCAGUCGAGUUACGAGAGAAGGUGAGAGAAGCCCUUCUCGUCCGACAUCGGCAUCAACACGAAAGACGUAAAGACAAUAAUAUGUCGAAGUUACCGAUCAUAAGAUCGUUAGCUGAGAUAGGACGCAACCAUUCCUCCUCAAAAAAUUGCGACUGUUCAUGUGGUAUGCAUGCCUUGUUGACGUCAGAUUUGCAGGAGCGUCGUGAUCCGAAGGACACUUACGUACCCUCCGUCGCCCGCAGCAGCAGCUGCCCGAACUCGAACACGGCUCCGCUGUCGAAAGAGGCGAAAGACCUCAAAGGGCCGUACCUUCUAGUUCCAGUGGAAGAAUCGAAUUCCGCUCCGGUGAUCGCCGGCGCAACAAGUCAGGGCAGUGGAGCAGCGCUGAAUGCUGGUAGCCGCUUCCUUGCGAUACCCGGCAAUCCCGGCCAAGAACCAGGCAGCAACGGCAUGGAUCGAAGUCCCAGCAGCGUGUCCAUUAGUAGGAAUCACAGCUCCUCCGCUUUGGAGAACGGAGAUGCCAAUCAUAGGGGUAAUACGCAUUUUAUGAGAAAGAUACCAGCCGGCGCCGAAGCAAGCAACAUACUCGUGGGUGAGGUCGAUUUUCUUGACAAGACUUUGUCCGCAUUCAUCCGGUUAAGUCAGGCCGGGAUAAUGGGGGACCUGACAGAAGUUCCUGUUCCGACGAGAUUCAUCUUUGUCCUACUGGGACCCAUGGGUGGGAUUUCGGGUUUUCACGAAAUCGGUCGAGCUAUGGCAACUUUGAUGUCCGAUGAAGUCUUUCACGAUGUGGCUUAUAAGGCGAAAAAUAGAAAUCAUCUCUUAGCUGGUAUUGAUGAGUUUCUAGAUGCCGUGACGGUAUUACCACCCGGUGAAUGGGACCCGGCAAUCAGAAUAGAACCUCCAGCCGCUAUACCGUCGCAGGAAGUCAGAAAAAGACCCAAAGAGGAAAAGCCUAAAGAAGAGUUUGAGGAAGCUGACGAACAAAAACUAAGGGAGGAAUCUGGCCUUUCGAGAUCCGGCAGACUGUUCGGCGGUCUGAUCAAUGACAUUAAGAGAAAAGCUCCGUUUUACUUGUCUGACUUCAAAGAUGCCCUUGCUCUUCAAUGUGUAGCGUCUUUUAUCUUCUUGUACUUUGCCUGCUUGUCGCCCAUCAUUACCUUUGGUGGUCUUCUCAGCGAGGCUACCGGAAAGAACAUGGCUGCUAUGGAAUCACUGGUUUCCGGUUUCGUUUGCGGCAUAGGAUACGGUUUCUUUUCUGGUCAACCGUUGACUAUACUCGGUUCCACUGGUCCAGUUCUAGUUUUUGAAACGAUUGUCUACGAAUUUUGCAAAAAAGUCGAGUGGAGUUAUAUGUCCUUCCGUUUCUGGAUUGGUACAUGGAUCGCCAUAAUCCUAUUAAUUCUCGUUGCACUUGACGCAAGUGCUUGCGUCUGCUAUAUUACUCGAUUUACGGAGGAAAAUUUUGCUACCCUCAUUGCUUUUAUUUUUAUUUAUAAGGCAAUUGAAAAUGUGUUGUCAAUCGGUAAGAAAUUUCCCUUAAAUACCUAUUCCGAUGAAACAUUGGAUUACGAUUGCUGGUGCAAACCACCGAAUAUUAGUUUACCAUCCAGUUAUGACCACAUGAACUGGACGACAUUGGAUAAGACAGCUUGCGAGAAUUACAAUGGCACUAUGGUAGGCAAUGGCUGCGACACACCGCAUUACGUACCCGACGUGUUCCUUAUGUCAAUUAUCCUAUUCAUGGGCACGUUCUUGCUGUCAGUAGAGCUCAAAGAUUUCAAGAACGCUUUAUUCUUUCCCUCAAAGGUGAGACAAGUGGUGAGCGAUUUUGCAGUAAUAAUCGCGAUAUUCUCUAUGAGCACAUUAGAUCAUUUUGUGGGCAUUCCAACGCCAAAAUUGGAGGUACCGGCAGAGUUCAAGCCAACGUUAGAGGGACGAGGAUGGAUAAUUUGGCCUUUUCAGAAGAAUCCGUGGUGGAGUGCUGUUGGUGCAUUCCUCCCCGCUUUAUUGGGCACUAUAUUGAUCUUCAUGGAUCAGCAAAUCACGGCCGUUAUUGUUAAUAGAAAAGAGAACAAAUUAAAGAAGGGAUGCGGGUACCAUCUAGAUCUCUUCGUUCUGGCGAUCCUAAUCGAAAUAUGCUCGGUAAUGGGCCUUCCAUGGUUCGUCGCAGCGACAGUCCUCUCUAUAAACCACGUGAAUUCGUUGAAAUUGGAAUCCGAGUGUGCCGCGCCGGGCGAGAAGCCGCAGUUUUUAGGUGUCCGCGAGCAGAGAGUUACUCACAUACUGAUUUUCCUGAUGAUCGGAUGCUCGGUGCUUCUAACACCAAUGCUGAGAAACAUACCGAUGCCGGUGCUGUUCGGUGUCUUCCUGUACAUGGGCGUCGCGUCACUGAAAGGUCUUCAGUUCUUCGACAGGAUUCUGAUCAUGCUGAUGCCCGUUAAGUAUCAGCCGGACUACAUGUUCCUUCGCCAGGUGCCAUUGAAACGCGUACAUAUGUUUACUGUGAUUCAGCUUGCUUGCCUUGCCUGUUUAUGGCUCAUAAAAUCCUUUAGCCAUACUUCUAUUUUGUUUCCUUUAAUGCUUGUGGUAAUGAUCGGCAUACGUAAAGCCCUGGAUCUGGUGUUUACGCAACGCGAGUUGAAAAUCCUCGAUGACAUAAUGCCGGAACCAAGCAAGAAACAUGCCGACGAUCUUCGCAAGUUGGAGAACGGCGAGGAUCAGAACGAAACAAUGGGAUAUGGACCCCCGGGAAACAUUCAGAUCUCUCUGGCGAAUGGGAACAUCAUGAAAAUUCCUCUGGCGAGUAUCAACAUCAGCGAGGAGGUGAACAAAACUGGUAUCUGGCAACAAGUCAACGAAGGCAACGAAAAAUCGAAGCAGUCAAAAUCAUUGAUCAACGUGGGAAAGCAAAAGAAGCAUCCGAAAAAAGACAACUCGUUGCUGGCUGACGAGACAACGAGGCUGACGACAAUGACCGAAGAGGACGAGGAUGACAGUGGGAUCUCGAUCAAGGUGACAAAUGUAGAUUUAAUACGAUCCAAGGAAAGCAUCAGUCCUUUAAAAGCAAAUGGUACUACCUCAGCCGAAACUUCUGUUUAACAAGAAGAUAGCAGAAAUAAAUAUAUUUCAAUGCAGCAUAGUUUCUUUAAUAAAUCAUUUCAUCUAGCGUUUCUAUUCUACAAUCUCUAUUUUUAUUUUAUGAAUUUCGAUUUAACCGAUAUAAAAGUCAUAAAUCAUACACUCUCCAGAAACUUGUAUUCUUCUUCGAAGUAAUUUCUAAUUCUAUCAUUUAUCUAUCAUCUUUAAUUGUAUUAUAUUUGUACUAUAUUCAGCGAACAAUGCUCAUUGCUCUUCGCAAGUACUUUGCAAUUUAUACUGAACUGUAAAUGAAAUCCUUCAGUGCAUAAUCUCUGUGUUUGUACAUAGAAACAACAAAUUUCCAACAAAUUUGCCAAUAGUAUCCAAUUGUGAUUUUAUGAAAUCUCUACUUUUAUCUCGAUAGAGUAGUUUUGUGAUGUCUUGAACUGCGAUAGAGUUAUGUAAAUAGAAUUUUAAAAAUAUGUGGAAACAUGAGGAGCAGUAUGUAUUUUAAUUAUUAUUCAUGCCUCGAUCAAUUCUACUGUAUUCCAUAUAAAUUGCAAAAACAUGACAUUUAAUUGCAAUGAAGAAGAAGAAUAUGUUCCAAAUAAUUAAAAAAAAUAAUAAUUCGAAGUAAUAAAGGUGUAUAAUACGUGUAUAAACGUAUGUUUUUGUUUUAAUGUGAAUAAUGACGGUAAAUAAAAUAUAAUAAAAUUUAAAAACAUGAUCAAGCUUGACAAGAUUUAUCGAUUUACAAAAAUGUAUUUAUAUUAGAAAUUUAUGAAAAACGCAUACUUUCAAAUCGUGAUAUGAUAUUCAGCGAAUACGAUUGAACAAAUAUAAAUUAAAAAUAUGUGGCAUUUAUAAAAUACGAAAUGAAAAGUAAAAUUCGACUUUUCACGGAGAAUUACUCUGGCGUAUUACUUCACAUAUUUAAAUAUUCAAAUAAUUAAUAUUCAAUAAUUUUUAUUCUUAUAGAUAUGUAUGAAACAAAUAGUAAUAAUAUUAAACAGUAACUCCGCAAAUUUCAUACAAAUAUCACGAUUCAAAUAUCCAGAUAUGUGUGCAGUUACAAUUAUUCGAAUAUUUAAAUAUUGACAACUGUAAUUUUAAGUUUAUCGCAUAUAUUAAAUUUUAAUUAAAAAGCAAGAAUAUUGUGUUAUCAUACAAUAAUAUAUGACACUGUACGUAGCUAUUAAGUAGUUCAAAUAACUUUAUAAUCAUACUAUAUAUCUGCCAAAGAAACCCCACAAUUAUGUAGUAUGUAUAUUGAUACUUCCUUCGAGGGAUAUCUCUUACUCUUAUCGUUAGCAAGUGUUGCUAAAUGCGGUGCAUAUUGAAGAGAAAGACUAAUAUCGCUUAACUAAGCAAUCUGCGCUUGAAUAUUUUUUAUUUAUUCUCUGUAAUAUUAAUAUGAUAUUUUAGGAGACAACAACUAUGGAAGCUUGAAUUUUAUAAGCUUGAAAAAGUAGGAAGAAAGGAAAUGCAAUACACUAUUAUAUAGAUGAAAGAAGAAUUUCUUUUGUCUCCGAACCAUUGAAUGAUAUUAACUUUCUCUUUUCUGAUUUCGAAAAAUACUAAUAUCUUGCAACUUUUACGAAAGCAACUUUUUAAUAACUGUGAAACACUCCUCUCCAAAGUAUUCACAAAAUCGUCUCAAAAAAAGUUUCUUUUCUUAUUACUAGUUUAUUUUUAUCACUAAUACUUUAUCACUAAUACUAAAAAUCAAAUCUCAAAAACAUUUAAGAAACUUAUAACAUAUUUCUGUUACUUCUUAAAAUUCCAAACUAGCCAAAAAAUCUUGCGCGCGAAUUUUCAAACUCUAUUUUCAUAACUUUUUAACAUCUGGGCAUGCCCAAUUGCGACAAUAUGAUAUAUUCUAAUUAUAAUAAAGUUAAUUUCUUUACCGCAAGAUUUUUACCAAAAAUUUUAUGUAUCGAUAAAAAUGUACUGUGUUUUCUAUAGAAUAACGCAGUAAUAAACAAUCCCUUGAAGGAUAUCCAAUUUCAUAAUUCAAAAAAAGGGAUAUACUCGUUAAUUCAUAUAUCAUUAUACAUAUAUCUGCGAUAUUUAAUAAAUAAUGAAUAAAUAGAAACGAAAAUAUUCUGUUGGUUAAUAUAGAUAGCUGUUUGUUAAAUAAAAUUAUUUGAAUUAACUAAGUUAAGACAAUUCUUAAUAUAUGCUAUUUUUCAAAGGAAUUUUCCAAUUUCAAGCAAAAAUAUUUUAUUAAAAAAAAUGUUAUUUUAUUAAAUUAUGAUCCAUUUUCAUAUUGAAUUUGUGUAUAGCAGAAAUAAUUAAUUUUAAAAAUUUCUAAUAUGUAUUGAAUAUUUGCGUUAACAAGCGACUUAACAUGUACAUAUAACUUGUACAUGUCAAUCCAAAAUUUAUGAAACAAGAAAAUGCGCAAAUUUUUCUGAAACAAUUUGCGAUAGAUUUACGAUUCGCGAGAACAAAAAAUUUCAUUCAUAAAAAUUCCUCAAUUUGGCUAAUUAAGAAAAUACGAUCAUUACGGCAUAAAUAUUGAUACGGAAUUUUUAGAAAAUUGAAUAAUUAGCUAAAACAAUUAUGACAUAUUUUUUUAUACGGUCAUUUUGCUAACAGGUAGUUUGAGAAAACGUGUUUCAAUAGGGCAAAAAAAAACGCAAAGAGAUUGCAUCUUGCAAUCUCUUGUAUGUUUAAUUCAUAGAAAGGCUCAAGAGAGAAGACCUAUAAUUAAAACAAUAUGAAAUAUUUAUAUCAUGCUGGAAAGUAUAGCCGUGUGUACUUUUAAGUAUAUUUUUACGUAAAGAAAGCGUGCCCCCGCGUAUACGGGCCAUUUAAAUCAUGCGCAAAAUCCAUUUGUCAAAGUGGAAAUUGUAACAUCAACGCGAUAUGACGUAAUGUGUGAUGCUCAGCGUAUCGUGUCAUCGUAGUGAGAGAAUACGAGGGAGUGUCGCGAUCUUAGGUGCGAAAAUAAACAUGCGAAUAUUAGAAUUUAUGAAUAUGAUGUAUAGUAUGAGAAUAACUUAAUAAAAAAAAAGUGUAUGAUA